AUGUCCGACGAAGAGCACCAAUUCGACGCCGCCGCCGACGCCGGAGCCUCCAAAACCUAUCCUCAACAGGCCGGUACCAUUCACAAGAACGGGUACAUCGUCAUCAAGGCCAGGCCAUGCAAGCUUGAAGAUGUUGUUCCUUCAUCUCACAAUUGUGAUGUUCCUCAUGUGAACCGUACUGACCAUCAGCUGAUUGAUAUUUCUGAAGAUGGUUUUGUGAGUCUGUUGACUGAUAAUGGAAGUACUAAGGAUGAUUUGAAACUUCUCACUGAUGAUGCACUCCUUACUCAGAUUAAAGAUGGAUUUGCUGAAGGAAAAGAUUUUAUUGUUUCUGUCAUGUCUGCAAUGGGAGAAGAGCAGAUAUGUUCUUUGAAGGACAUAAGCAAAGUCUAG